AUGUUUCGAAUCCAAUGCACCACACUCUUGCGACACGUAAAAUUACCUCGCCAGCACAUUUUUCAUGCUCGCGCCCUCAGCAUAACGACUACGCGUUUCUCCAACUUUGAUGGUCUUGUCCUGGGUGUAUACAAAGAUGGAUCGUUGAGCGAGGCGUCAGCGAACGACAUCCCUAGCGCAACUAAGGAAGCGAUACAGAACCAGUUAAAGCUAUCAAAAACAAAAGGAAAGUUUGGCGAAGUUAGAACAUUGUAUGGAUUAGAAGGUCUUGCCGACCAAGUUGCGCUUGUGUCAUUGAAGGAAAAAGACGAUAAACAAGAACUCAGUAAGGCUUUGGAAAAAGCUAGAAAGGCUGUUA